GCAGUGGAGGCGGAGGGGAGAGUAAUGUGUAAUACCGUACCAUGAUAUCCCACCACCAUUUUCUCCAGUGCCGCACUUGGGUGGGCAGGGUGUGUGUGAUACCGUUGGACCCCAUGCCUGUCCUCCAGCAUCCCUGAGGAGCGGAAGGGAGAUUCAAUCGAAUGGCCGGUACCGGUGCUCGUAGUCCUCCCCUUCCUGCCCGGUAUUGUUAGAGUGGACGUGCCGGGGUUACCCUGUUGCCCUACCGUGCUUGUACUCGUACUGGUACGAGCAUUAUUACGCUGCGAAUAUGAUACUUGUGAUCCACUGCACAGCACUCCCUCUACUAUUCCUGGGAUCCCGAACCUUCAGGAUAUCUCAGGGCUCGGAACUUGAACCUUUUCAGGACUACGCAGGGAAAAAAAAAAAGCAAAAAGGGAAAAGGAAAAAGCAGACGAAGACACCAAAGAGAAAAAAGAAUAGGCAAAAGAGAAAGGGAAAAAAAAAAAAAAACAAGAGAAGGAAAAGAAAAAAAAAGAAAGGGACAAUUCGAUACGGUAUCCGGGAUUCCUUUUGUUUCGCGUUGGCUAUUGUGAGCAUCGAGCUGAGCCGCUUUGUUUCCUCCCUCGCCUUCCUUGAUUCUUGCUUUGACUUGCUGCGCGUUCUCUCCCUCCCUCCUCCCUCCCUCUCCUGCUCGCCACUUCAGGCACCCCGCCUAGCCCUAACCCAACGUGCUUGGUAUUGUGUGCCGUACAUACCACCAUAAUAAGCUAGUGGUCAGCUCCUGUUUGGAGGACUUCCGGAACUUGUCUCCCUCCUUCCCUUGCAACACCUGAACCCAUCAACUCAAUCCGCCCAUAACCCAUCAUGGAAACGAACGGCGAUUCGAGGGCGAAGCGGAAGUACCCCGGAUCUCCGCCUGCUGACCGGCCCACGAAGCAUCUUCGCGAUGAUUCCUUUUCCGCUGACCGGGACGACAUCCACUUGCCCGGGGAUGAGGAGCAGGGCUUUGUUGCCCUGGAGACUAGACUUCUACCGCCUGCCGUGGCCACCCACGAUUCCGCGGAAUGGCAGAAGACCAUUGAGGAGGUUGUCAGAAACGUGGUCAGCAUACGCUUCUGUCAAACCUGCUCGUUUGACACCGAAUCCGCCAUCACUAGCGAGGCUACGGGCUUUAUCGUCGACGCUGACAGGGGUUACAUCUUGACGAAUCGUCAUGUUGUGUGCGCCGGCCCUUUUUGGGGAUACUGUGUCUUUGACAAUCACGAAGAGGUAUGUUGGGGACCGGCCAUCUUGACGGACCGCCGUAUGGCUAAACUGUCCAGUGCGAUGUCUAUCCUGUCUACAGGGAUCCCAUCCACGAUUUCGGUAUUCUUAGGUUUGAUCCGAAGGCUAUCAAGUACAUGCCCGUUGGUGCUCUUCAGCUUCGGCCCGAUCUUGCACGUAAGCAUCCGGCAUCCUUGCUCCCUCACCUUUGCCAGCCGCUGACGGAAGCUUAGGGGUCGGCGCUGAAAUUCGAGUUGUCGGCAAUGAUGCCGGGGAGAAGCUUAGCAUCUUAUCGGGAGUGAUCAGUCGGGUGGAUAGGAAUGCCCCCGAUUACGGCGAUGGCUACAAUGACUUUAGUGAGUGGGGCCGAGCUCGGGAGAGGUGCAUUUUGUUGACCGGUCCCGUCAGACACGAAUUAUAUCCAGGCUGCCGCUUCGGCGAGCGGUGGGAGCUCCGGGAGUCCGGUUGUUAACAUCGAUGGGUAUGCCGUAGCUCUACAAGCCGGGGGCAGUGUGGAAGGCAUGACCCACCCGUCACGUAUUGCUGUGCUCGCGCUGACACGGAUUAGCCGCGACCGACUACUUCUUGCCUCUUGAUAGGCCCCUCCGUGCCCUUGAAUGCAUCCGGAAUGGCCGACUGGUUACUCGCGGAACCAUACAAACACAGUGGCUGACAAAACCAUUUGAUGAGUGUCGCAGAGUUGGGCUGAGCCCUGAAUGGGAGGCUGCUGUGAGGAAGGGGUUCCCGAAAGAGAUUGGAAUGCUUGUAGCUGAAGUCGUACUUCCCGAGGGUCCUGCCCAUGGCCAUAUUGAGGUAUGCGGCCCUUGGUCACGGGGGAGUCUUUUUUGAUGCGGUUAUCUUGACACGUUUUUACAGGAGGGCGACAUCUUGAUCAAAGUUAACGGAGCAUUGGUCACCAAGUUUGUUGACCUGGAUGAGAUAUUGGACAACUCUGUCGGAAAGAAGGUCAAGAUGCUUGUGGAGCGAGGGGGGGAGGCGAUGGAUAUCGAACUCGAUGUCGGGGAUCUUCAUGCUAUCACCCCCGACCGCUUUCUCACUGUCUGCGGGGCCUCCUUCCAUGAUCUAUCCUACCAGUCCGCUAGACUUUAUGCCAUUCCGGUUCGAGGAGUCUACGUCUGUGAGCCGGCGGGUUCGUUCCGGUUUGACGGGAUGGACAAGGGGUGGAUCAUUGAGGUACGUCCUACCGCUUUGCGCUGCCGUGGAUAUGAGCUGAUUUUCUCUAGUCCCUUGACAAUAAGAAAACCCCAAAUCUUAACGAGUUUAUAGAAGUGGUGAAGAAUAUACCGGAUCGGUCCAGAGUUGUCGCAACUUAUCGCCACCUGCGCGACCUUCACACUAUGCACACCUCGAUCCUUUAUAUAGAUCGUCACUGGACCACCAAAAUGAGGAUGGCUAUCCGUAACGGUUUGUUGAUGUUCUGGCGACUUGGUACUAUGACGCGAACUGACCGAAUCGUAUUUAGACGUUGCCGGGCUGUGGGACUUUUCGGAUAUCGCGGAUCCUAAGCCGCCCGUUCCUCUUGCUCCGAGCUCGGCCCAAUUCAUAAGGUUGGACAACGUGGGCUACCCAGCAGCUAGCGACUUGGUGCGUAGUUUCGUUCGGAUCUCGUGUGUUAUGCCGAUAAAGCUGGACGGAUUUCCUCGAGCGAGAAAGGUAAAAUCCUCUUGCUCCUUUCCUGUCCUACGCUAAUGAAUUAGACUGGGUUUGGCUUGGUCGUGGACGCCGGGAAAGGGUUGGUGGUUGUAUCCAGAGCUGUGGUGCCCUAUGAUUUAUGCGAUAUCUCAAUCACCGUUGCCGAGUCCAUUGUCGUGGAGGGCAAAGUUCUGUUUUUGCAUCCUCUGCAGAAUUAUGCUGUUGUGCAGUAUGACCCAACGCUGGUGAAGGCACCCGUUCUCUCCGCUAGGCUCAGCAGUGAGCAUAUUACUCAAGGUAUCGUGCGGUUCCUUUUGGGGGAAUGCAUUGGGGUAACCACUAACCGUUCAACAGGCGCAUCGGCCAUGUUCUUGGGCUUUAACCAAAACCUUAGAGUAGUUGUUGCUAAGACUUCUGUUACUGAUAUUACUACCGUUGCUGUCCCUGCCAACAGUUCUGCGCCCCGUUACAGAGCGAUCAACGUUGAUGCCAUCACGGUCGACACAAGCCUUAGCGGCCAAUGUGGGAGCGGCGUCCUUGCUGACGCAGAUGGAACUGUUCAGGCAUUAUGGCUUACUUACCUGGGGGAGCGGACCCACAGUAACAAAGAUGUCGAAUACCAUCUUGGGUUGGCUACGCCUUCCCUGCUACCGGUCAUUCGUCAGCUGCAGGAUGGCAUAAUUCCCAAGCUAAGAAUGCUUAAUGUUGAGCUGCACCUGGUGCAUAUGAGUCAAGUCCGGAUUAUGGGCGUCUCGGAAGAGUGGAUCCGUAGGGUUGAGCAGGAUAAUCCCGAGCGCCAUCAGUUGUUUAUGGUCCGAAAGGUCGAGUGCGGCCACUCUCAAACUCUGGAGGAAGGAGAUGUCAUCUUGAGUAUUAACGGGAAAGUGAUGACGAGAAUAACAGAGCUAGACGUUAUGUAUGAUCAUGAGUAUUUGGACAUGGUUGUGGUAAGGAACUGUGAGGAGAUGACAUUGAGAGUGCCCACUGUCCCGACCGACGACUUGGAGACGGAUCGAGCAGUCAUAUUCUGCGGUGCUGUCUUGCAUCGCCCCCAUCAUGCUGUGCGCCAGCAGAUAAGCACCCUGCACUCCGAGAUCUAUGUUUCGGCGCGGACUCGGGGCUCCCCGGCAUAUCAAUACCAGCUUGUGCCGACAAAUUUUAUUGUCGGUGUCAACGGAGUCAAAACUUCUGAUCUUGAUUCUUUCUUGCAUGAGGUCUCCAAGAUACCGGACAAUACUUGUAAUGCCAAAUUCCCCGACCCCUGAAGUUUAUUUGUCUGAUUAAGGAUGCUUCAGAUCUGAGGCUGAGAAUUAUCACCUUUGAUAAUAUUCCGUUCGUGAUUACCAUCAAGAAGAACGAACAUUAUGUAUGUCUCUAAUAUCUCUGUUCGCCUGGAAGGACACAGCUGCUCACGUUCUGCUUGCCGUAGUUCCCGACCAUGGAAUUCAUCAAGGAGCCUUCUGAGCCCUGCGGAUGGCGUAGGCAGACAUACGAGGGCAAAUUUACGCAUGCUGGUAUAAGAACCCGUGUAGCUCUCUCGGGGGAUCAACUAACGAGCCAAUAGGGUUAGAAUCCAAUAUCCCUGCGGAGAGUAUGCUAGCAAUCCACCAUCCUGGGAAUUCCCGGCAAAUGCUAACUUGGACAAAUUAUUCAGAUAUGGAUGAAAUUGGUGGUGAUUAGUUGGCGGAACGGGUUGACUGUUUUUUUUUUAUAUUAUUAUAAAUCUGUUCCAGUCAUUUCAGGGGGGUGUACGAUUUUUUCCAGUGACCAAGCAUUUAAGGGAUUAGAAUGGCGCUUGAUGUUUUCCUCUCACUGCCCUCUUUUAUUUUUUAUUUUCUCUUCUUUUUCUCUUCUCUUCUUUCUUUUUUUCCUCUAGUGAUCGCUUUCGAUUCAUGGAACCCACAAUUCACCUGUUUUCUGUAUGGCCUUGAUGGGCUGAAUUGUUUAUUUCCCCGCUCCGGGUGCUUGGGGGCGCUUUCCUUAAUCAUGGGUCAGGUGCUUUAGAGGAGGGAUGGGAUGGGAUCUCGCAUGUUUUCUUAUUUUCUCGGACUGAAUCAUGAGUGGUAUCCAUGGUGUCGAUGAGCUACCGGUAUUGUGGUGGGUAUCCAGCGUGGCUUUCUUUUCCUAUUCUGGUGUCAUUCAAUGGCAUUUAUAUCGUGAUUGCAUGCUCUGGAGUCUUUGCGAUACAAUUAAUGAGAAUUAGGCUCUCCAGUC